GAACUUGCAGCUUGUUGUUUUGGUGUCAUCACCCGAACUGCAACAGCUGGGAAAGUUGGGUACUGCACGCGAAACCGACCGCUGCGCGCUGCACAAGGUGGCAUUACGUAGACAGGCUGGGUGAAAAACCUGUACAAGUUUCCAAUUUGUCCAAGUCGUCAGUGGUUUGGUGCUGCGCCCGCCACAAUGUACGCCCGACGGCAGCCUCAAAGCAUUGCAAUCGGUUGGUGAGCAUAUCGUGUGCUGGUAGGCGGAAGACGAAGGAGCAGGAGGGUGCUCAAUACGGCGAUUGUGUCGUCAGCACGGGGUCGCUCCGACGGUACACUCUGCCCCCGGCCGAACGAUGGCCGAUGCGGAUUGGAAGCAGCGGGUCGGAAUACCGAUUGAUUUUAGCACCGACGAGGAUGAGGACAGUGACAGUACCGAGACGGUCUGCAGCAAUACCGAACCGGGCGCCACGCGACAGUUCCGCGGGGAGGAAUUUGCCGAUUCGACCGAGUCGCAGGAGCUGGAGGAAGCGCUACACGCGUCGUCCAUCGACGAGGUGCUGAAUCAGUGGGCCGAUCAGUAUGGCAGUACGCCGCCGCGGACGCGCAUAAAGAACAAAAACCGCAGCAGCAAGCAAAGGAUGGAGGGAACGGUGAAGAUGCGUACGGGUGGUGGCCGUUUGGCCCGCCCGCGAACCGACCGGCGCAACACCGUCGACUGCGCCCUGCUCAACCAGAUGAUCAUGGAACCGGCGAACGGCGAGGAGAAGGUACGCAGCGACAAACGAUCGACCCAGCUGCUGCGUGACUCGGAGCGAGACAUAAAAAUGUCGGCCGCUGCCACCGUACUGCCGCUGCGUGCAUCUGCCAACUACGGCUCGCAGCUUCCGGCUGGAGCGGGCGGGCCCGUGCUGGAGGAGCGAGCGGAAAGCUUGCCACUAUCGGUUCCGGGCGGACUAGGUGGGCUGGUGGCAGUCGGCAGUGGUGCGGCAGGAUCGCCCGCCCCGCCGCCGACACUGAUCGAGUCGUGCAAUCGGUUCAUGAGCGUAACGUCCCGGCCGGUUGGGUGCCGGAUCUCGGCACCGCCGGUCGCGUACCGUGAUGUCAUCUUUAACAGCCAGCCGGGCAUUGUCGAGGGUGUGGGCGGGGCGCGGACGGUCGACUGUGCGAUACCGCAGAACAGGAUCAACUUCCACGCGACCUUUUCCGAUCUGAUCAAGCUUGGUAGCGUGGACAAGGAGCGGGCAGCCCGGUCGGGCGUCCUGUCGAACGAGGAGCGGCUGUGGCAGACGCACGUGAACGAUCUGAUCUGGCUCGAGCUGCAGGCCUGGCAUGCGGACCGAUCGAUCGAGCAGCAGGACCGGUUGCUGUGCCAAGCGCGGCACGAGAUCGGCGAUCUGCUGGAGGAAAUUAUGUCCUUUCGCUUCCAGCGCAAACCGUCCGCCGUGCGGCGGGCGGGAAGCGAAACGAGCACCGGGACCACGGCGGACAGCGGUAUUGAGACGGCCACCACCACUGGUGGCGUGGAGGACAAUCGGUUCUGCUUCGGCUGCCUGUCGAUGUACUGCAAGGACUGUCUGGAGGUGCAGACGGCCGCGAUGAAGCAGGUGGAGGAGUUGCUGCUGCGGCUGGAAUCGAAGGAGUGCCUAUUUCCGUCGUCCCGUGCGAUGGGCAGCGCGUUCCCGGUGUACCAGAGCGAAGCGUUCGUGAAUCGCGUCAAGGCGAUGUGCCUGUGGUACAACAUGACGCGCCAGCACCGUAUGACGCUGCUGAUAUUGGGCAAGCUGCUCGCCCGGUUGCAGGGUCCGUCGAAGAAGGAAUCGUCCAUCCAUUGGCCCAUCAUGGAGCACCAUGCGGAAGGGUCGUCCUCGUCGUCGGUGCAGGACGAAAGUGGCAGCAGCGCGGACAGUGGCGCACAUUACAGUGCGAACGGAGGCGGUGGCAGCACGUCCGGGUCGGGAUCGGGCACAAGCAGUAACUGCUCGAAGCGGGUCCAGUUUGCGGACGGUGGUGGAUGCUGCGCAGGCGAUGGCAGCGCGUCCGAGAGCGUGAACAGCGAUGAGACGGACUUUUCCGACCUGUCGCUUAACCGGGAGCGACCGUAUCCAGGCGACACCGAGUACGGGCGGUACAUGAACAAUCUAAACUUUUACAACGAACACACACUGACGGAGCUGUCGGCCCAGUCGGCCUCAAGCAUGGGAAAUGCCUUAUACCGGAAAUACAUCGAAAAUGUGCUGAAGUGUCGUGGGUUGGGCAAAUCGCUCACGUUCCUGCACCGGCUGCACAACGUGGUGCUGCGCAAGGCACAGCUGACGCUGGAAAAGCCGGGCCGCCAGCAGGAGGACGACUGCCUUUUCGACGAGGAGGACGUGCCGUGCAUAGAGCCGCCGCUCGAGCGCGAACAGGAGAUCGAGCUGCGCCGGUACGGCGCCUGGAGCGAGGAGGCGAAGCAGCUCAACCUUCCCUCGUACGUGUCCGCCUUCCUGUUCCUGUCGCUCAUCCCGCUCGAGGUGAUACACGAGUUUCUGAAGAUGCGGCUAGAAACGCGCCCGAAGCAACCGAACCCGCUCAGCCUCGAGCAGCACAUCAAGGAGCUGAAGGAGGGCCUUACGCUCGCCAUGAUACACCGGGAGCGGUUCCAGAAGCACAUCAACACGGUGCUGUCCGAUCGGGAGCAGGAGCUGAACAAGUACAUGCACCAGAUGGAGCUGUUCGACGAGACGGUGCGGAACAUUUUCGAGCUGUACCUGGAGCUGUGCGAACAGUGGAUACUGGACACGGUGCCGGAGGGCCACCAGAAGGCGGUGCUGGAUGAGGAGUGGCGCUUUACCAAGCUCAUCAGCCCGAUGAUACCGCGGGAGCACGGACCGGCGGCCCGGCGGUUCUGCAGCAUCGUCGAGCGGGUGCUGGAGCGCACCGGGAGCGAUAUGAUGCGCCAGCUGAAAGAGCUGAUGGAGAAGAGCCAGCAGAUCGACUCGACGACGGAUGGCAAGAAGUGGCAGUUCUUUGCGCUGUGCCGCGAGACGCAGCGCAUGUUUACGGUGUCGCGCGAGAAGGCACUGAAAACGAUGGCGUUCGCUAAGACGCUGUUCCGUGAUCUGGAGCAUGCCGACUUCCAUCGCGAUCACUGCGAGGACGACUCGGAGAGCGAGCUGCUCAACGGUGGUGACGAUGGUGACGAUCUCGACCUGGUCGGUGUGGUGCUGCGCAGUGGCAGCUUGCGGCGCAGUGCGCGAGGCGCCCCCGAUCCGGCGAACCAGAUUGGCCACACGCACAGCCCCGUCUGCUCGGAGGUGGUGGAAAGCUUGCAGAUGCUGAAACGAAACGCGCUGCUGCUGCGCAACAAGCUGGCGGCCGUGAUCGAGGAGCUGCAGCUGCUGUGUUCGGACGAAUCGCUGGAAGAGUUCGACGAAAUCGAUCGUCUCGGGGCGCUGACGCGGGUGCGCGAGAUACUGCACCAGGGGUACAAGUUUGGGUUCGAGUACCACAAGGAUGUGGCGCGGUUGUACGAGACCAGGCUGAACAACUGCCGGGACGGCGAGUCCGAGCUGAUGCUGGCCAAGGCGAUCAUACAGUUCGCUAAGCUGUGGAUGAACUUUGUGAUGGAGCGGUGCGAGCGGGGGCGCGGUCUGCGGCCCCGGUGGGCGAACCAGGGGCUGGAGUUUCUGAUUGCCGCAUGCGAUCCGCUCUGCACCAGCCACCUGACCGAUGCGGAGUUUGAGGAUUUGAAGCUCAAGAUGGACGCAUGCAUCUCGCACGUGAUCGGUAACAUACGCGAGCCGGAGCGCAUACGCAAGUCGCCGCGGUCGCGCAAAUCGUCACCGUCACCGUCGGCAGCAGCAGUAGCAGCAGCAGCAGCAGCGGCGGGCGGUGGCACGCCCAACGUAACGACGGGCCGGGCUUCGAUUCCGAUGGUUAACUUGCCGAGCAAAAGCUUCCAGAAUCAGCUCAGCCUGCGGGAGGACGGCGUGAUGCUGCGCACAAACAGCCCGAUCGAGGCGGCCGACCUGUACCGCAAGCAGACGUCCUGCGAUAACGUGACCGAGGUGAAGUUGCGCGUCCCCUCGACACCGAACGCAGCGUCGCUGGUGGCGGGUGAGCUGUGCGUCCACGGUACGCGCCCGCUGCGCCAGCUGCGUGUGCGUGACGCGGUAAACAAGCUCGACUGCGAGCUGGACGAGUGGCUGCGGGAGCGAAACCUGAUCGGUAAUGUGAAGGAAAUUAGCUACUACAGCCGCUCGCUGAACCGGGCGCGUAGCGUCAACUUUAGCUGGCACCGGGGCAUCAAGAUUGGGCAGGGCCGGUUCGGCAAGGUGUACACGGCGGUGAACAACUCGACCGGCGAGCUGAUGGCGAUGAAGGAGAUCGCCAUACAGCCGGGCGAAACGGCCGCCAUACGGAAGGUGGCGGAGGAGCUGAAGAUUUUCGAAGGCAUCAGCCACCAGCACCUGGUGAAGUAUUACGGGGUGGAAGUGCACCGGGAAGAGCUAAUCAUUUUCAUGGAACUCUGCCCGGAGGGUACGCUCGAGAGCUUGGUCGAGCUGAACGGAGGACUGCCGGAAGCGCAAACGCGUCGCUACACGCACCAGCUGCUGUCGGCCGUCGCCGAGCUGCAUCGGAACGGCGUCGUGCACCGCGACAUCAAAACGGCCAACAUAUUCCUGCACAAGGACGGCAACUGUUUGAAGCUGGGCGAUUUCGGCUCGGCCGUCAAGAUACAGGCCCACACCACGAUGGCGGGUGAGCUGAAGGGAUACGUCGGGACGCAAGCGUAUAUGGCCCCGGAAGUGUUCACACGCAACAACACGGAAGGGCAUGGCCGGGCGGCCGAUAUCUGGUCGGUUGGUUGUGUCGUGGUAGAAAUGUCAUCGGGACGGCGACCGUGGCAUCAGUUUGAUUCGAACUUUCAAAUCAUGUUCAAAGUGGGCAUGGGCGAAUCGCCCGAAAUUCCAGAAAAUCUCUCCGAAGAGGGCAAAGAUUUCGUCGGCAUCUGUUUGCAGCACGAUCCGAAGGAUCGUCAGAAGGCGGACGAGCUGCUGCAGCACAUAUUCUGCAAGUUUACUUUCUACGAUCCUGAGGCAAUCGACAAGAAGCUACGUGGAACAUUCCGGCGGAAUUUAAAGUCUACUACCAGCGCCAGCUCUUAGGACUCUUGUCGCGUGUUAGUUAAGACGCGGAGGCAAAUAGUCUUGUUUUGUUUACUGCUAUUAGUUUUACUUAACCUGGGAAAGAAUACACUCAGAGUGUACACAGUGUUGCCUAAAUCGCGAGGUAUUCACACCAACACACACACACGCAAGGAUAAGGAAAAGGAACAAAACCGAAGGGAACAUAAUUGAUGGCCAGUGCUUAAUGUUGUUUCGUCGUAAUAUAUUUGUGUGUGUGUCCGUAAGUAUGACUAAAUUAUACAUGUUUUACUCCGUAGUAAGUAAAAAAAAACACUCCCCACAAACACUGCGCUAUGCGCAAAUAGGACUUAGUAGAACACCGACUACUUAAACAUGUGUACCUCCCCAGGCCCCAAUUUCUGGUUUUACUUCGUUUUUGACUGCCUCUCCACGUUCUACUGUUUUGGUUUUCGAUCCAAUAGAAACUGCUGCUCUAUAUAUACUUACGUAAUUGUCAGUGAUCAAACACCUAUUAGAUUAAGAAUGAACGGGUAUAUUUUUAAACGUAAGAGACAGCGACAGGACCUCCAAGUUUGUACGAAGUGUUUAAACACAAAAUAAUACAUGUUGUGUGCAGUAAUCUGCAAUGCAAAAACCUA